AUGACAAUCUCUUAUAGAAAAAAGAUCAGAAGACGAAAGAGUGUUUUCGGUCUUUGGAUUCCCACCAGGGUCGCAUCGAAUAACAAAUGUGAUCCUAUUUCACCCGAGUCUCCCGUUUCGGACGCAAGUCCUACCUCUGAACCUAUUAUCAACCCCGGGCCGGGCAAAGAUCGGCUUAGAUUGAGAUUGACGCGGAGUGGUUCCAAAAUCCUUCUUUUAUUUGGCCUGAGAAGUUCCUCAAACAGCAAUAAGACAAGUGCAGAAUCUGGGUCAUGCGAAGACCACCAGCGUGCAGAGCAACGUCGAACUACUACAUCUACACCUGCCACGGAAAGAAAUGAUCCUGGCUAUACACCCUCUGCUCAAUACCUCGACGGCGAAUCCCUGAGUGUUUCUCCAGUUAAUCCAGAUCAUGACAGCCCCGAUCAAUCUUCUCCAGCCACUAGAGAUUCAUCGCCCGAAGGGAGAGUGACCGAGUCUGGAGGAGGAAUACAGAGAGAUGGCGACGAUGAUAACAAUGGAUGUGCCGGAUCAAAUGAACAGCAGAACAUUCCAAGUCCCAAAUUGGUCAACCGACUCUCUCAAAGACUUUCCAUGACAUUUGGUAACCCCACGGUGAUUCGUCGAACUCACCUCCGUCCAAGACCUAGCAUUCCUUUCCCCGAGUCGCCAAUUACACCCACACAAUUCAAGCAAGGCGAUGGAGCAAAUGAUAGCUCGGACCCUUCAACAGCGCCCAGUAGCAACAGCUCCCCAAUUGGUCACUCAACUCCCCCAACUCCGGCUACGUCUGCGGAGCCCUCGCCUUCGAUUGAGAGAUAUAAUUCGCAGGUAACAGAUUGGGCCUUUCUAUCAGCGCGAACUUCCGAUAUCACUGUUCCUCAAGAAACCCCAGGGAGCAAAGUACCAAUCAUUUCUCCAUCAAUCGUGACUGUAGAAGCAGUGGCGGUUGCCAAGGUAUACCUGGAGCUUUACUUCAACUCGAUUUUCCAAAACGCCGACCCACGAAAACAGCGGCAGUGUGAGCUGGAACAGCAUAUGUACUCAUUUCAACUUGCACCCGAAGAGCAGCUUACAACAAGAUGCAAUUGGCUAUUACAGGAGAAUGAGUAUUUACGUCAGUGCCGAAACCUCAGGACAAAUAUGCGAUGUAUCCGAAGCGCCAAUACUAUCUUAGCCGCUGGUUAUGAAACAAUCAAAAUUCUCGGAAAGGGUAGCUUUGGAGUGGUGCGGUUGGUACGCGAGAAGAAUCAAGACAAGAGCAAUUUUCCCGAGGGAAUUUCUUCAAUCCAGGAAGACAAUAUGCCUAACGCUCGCGGCAGCCCUCUCGAAAUGUUAAGAUCCGCUGUUGAUGGGACCAAGCACAGCCGCCGAAAAUUCAUGACCGGAGAGAAGAAGGAGGUCUAUGCCAUGAAAGUGAUCAGAAAGUCUGACAUGAUCCGAAACUCGCAAGAAGGUCAUAUCCGUGCUGAAAGAGAUUUUCUUGUCGCAUCUGAAAGAUCUCGCUGGGUGGUUCCAUUGAUAACAAGUUUCCAGGAUGAGAAUCAUUUAUACCUCGUCAUGGACUACAUGGUUGGAGGAGAUUUUCUUGGAUUGCUCAUUCGAAAAGAUAUCCUGAGUGAGGAAUGGACACGAUUUUACAUUGCCGAAAUGAUCUUGUGCAUUGAAGAAGCACAUCGACUAUGUUGGAUUCAUCGCGAUGUCAAGCCUGACAACUUCCUUAUAUCUGCAUCGGGUCACUUGAAAAUUUCCGAUUUUGGUCUGGCUUUCAAUGGUCAUUGGUCGCAUGAUCAGUCUUAUUACAACAACCAUCGCUAUUCUUUGCUGGAUAGACUUGGCAUUACCGUUGUUGGCGAUGCAGAGGACCAGAAGAACUCUGCGGAGGCACAAAAGAACUCCAAGCCUUCGUCGGAGCCACAGGGCUCGGUCGAUUAUUCAAAUUACCAAGUUCCAUCCGAAGAUCUUCUGGGCUGGCGCAACAGCAAAGAGAGGAGAAGAUUUGCGAAAAGUGUUGUUGGAACAAGUCAGUAUAUGGCACCUGAAGUCAUUCGCGGUGAGAUGUAUGAUGGACGUUGCGAUUGGUGGAGUCUAGGUGUCAUUCUUUACGAGUGUCUUUAUGGAUUCACGCCUUUUGCCUGCGAAAAUCGGCAUGAUACAAAAAUCAGAAUUCUGCAACAUACACGAAGCUUGCACUUUCCGCGAGACAAGUCAACGGACAAGUUGAUUUCACAAGAUGCUAUCAAUCUCAUUAGUCAAAUACUUCAAGAGCGCCAGUUCAGACUCUGUUCUCAGAAAUAUCAAGCAAAUGACAUGCUCGCCGGCCGCCCCGUCUCAGCACAAUUUCUUUACUCUAUGGAUCCACGAUACAAGACCAUCAAAAGUUACUUUGUGUAUCCAAAUGACGCUGCUGACAUCAAAGCCCAUCCAUUCUUCAGGGGUAUUCGGUGGAAUGAGCUCCACAGAACAAGGCCGCCGCGGGUGCCUCGAGUAAGGAACUGGGAAGAUACCAGGUACUUCGAUGAGUGGAAGAAGUCUGUUGGCAAUAUUGAGGAAGCAUCUCAUGAAAGUGACUCAGAAGGGAGCGAUGACGACCGCGACGAAAAGCCAGAUCCUGAUGGCGUAGACAACCUUGACUCUAUGGCAAACUCUCCUCAACCUGACCAGCCAGGGCCAGAUCCUAGUCCUGCAGCCAAUGGAAACGCCCAGAAGGCUCAGGAUGCUGAGAAGCGAAAAGAGAAGAAACGGCCUCGCGACAAAAUACUUCGAGAUAAGAAACUUGGUCGAGCGGCCAUGGAGAUACGCAAGAGAGGUGCCUUUUUAGGCUAUACAUACCGUCGACCGAAAGGAGCGGCUGUGGCUCUAAGCAGUGAGCGUGGACGUCAGUCAUUCGUAAGAGGCCAAUUGACAGAGAUGUACGUUGUUUGA